AUGUCGGUAUCGUCCCGCUUGUCUCCUGGGCAGAGCGAUAUCCCCACCAACGCCGCCGCACGGGCCAAUGAAGUCAUCACAUGCAAAGCGGCGGUGUGUUGGGGGCUGGGGGAGGCGAUGAAGGUGGAGGAGAUACAGGUAGAGCCACCCAAAUCGUCUGAAGUUCGGGUUAAGAUGCUGUACGCUAGUAUCUGUCACACAGACAUCUUCUACUGCUCAGAACUUUCACUGCCUAUGUUUCCCAAAGUUCCAGGACAUGAAGGUGUUGGGGUGGUGGAGAGUGUAGGAGAAAAUGUAACAGGUUUGAAGGAAGGCGAUGUAGUAAUUCCGACCUACCUAGGGGAGUGCGGCGAAUGCGAAAAUUGUAGGUCACCGAAGACCAAUGUAUGCCUUAAGCACCCUGUAACUUUCACUGGUCUGAUGCCCGAUGGCACUUCCAGAAUGUCUAUUAGAGGGCAAAGGCUCCACCACAUUUUUAGCUGCUCCACAUGGACUGAGUACAUGGUUGUGAAUGCUAACUACCUUGUCAAGAUUGAUCCAAGGAUAGCUCCCUCAGAUGCUAGCUUCCUCUCAUGUGGCUUCUCCACUGGAUAUGGGGCAGCUUGGAAGGACGCCAAGGUUGAAAAAGGAUCAAGUGUUGCAGUUCUGGGUCUUGGUGCCGUUGGAUUAGGGGUGCUACAGGGGGCCCGAAAUCAAGGGGCAGCUAGAAUAAUUGGCAUAGACAAAAAUGAAAGAAGGCGUGAAGUGGGAGAGGCUUUUGGAAUGACUGAUUUUAUAAAUCCCAAUGAAUCUAACAAGUCUAUCUCAGAACUGGUAAAUGAGUUGACGGGAGGACAGGGUGUGGAUUAUAGCUUUGAAUGCACUGGAAUUCCGUCUUUGGUUAAUGAAGCACUUCAAGCCACCAAAGUGGGAAAAGGGAUGUCGAUGGUACUUGGUAUAGCAAAUGUCCCGACCGUGGACAUCAGUUUAAUGGCUCUCUUGUCUGGUAAAACACUAAAAGGAUGCUUCUUCGGAGGGAUCAAAGUCCAGUCAGACAUUCCCGUAAUAGUUGACAAAUGCAUCAAUAAGGAUAUUCAACUUGAUGAACUUUUGACUCAUGAAGUUCAAUUGGAAGACAUGAACAAGGCAUUUGAGCUUUUGAAGCAGCCAGACUGUGUGAAGGUUCUCAUCAAGAUUUGA